AUGGAAGCCCUUGGCGCGGUAUCUUCGAUCUUCGCGAUUUAUAACCAGCUAGAAGAAUGUGGCAAACGCUUGCACCGCCUCAAGCAUGAUUUCCGAAUCGCCAAGCAAGAGGUCAAUCUGCUCGCAGACGAGUCGCCCGCUAGAAAAAAAGUCAUGGAAUUGGCUCGCAAGCAGCAACUGGAGGAUACUCUCAGUUGCCAAGCAAAUUUUGCAUUUGGACAAAUCAGUGAGAUUGUUCUGAAGCUUGAGCCUUUGAGAAAACAGAGCAAUGCUAGUCAAUUUGACCAAUUUAUCGCAAAGCUCCGGUGGCAUUGGACGAAGGAUGAGGUUCAGCUUCCUCUUCUCACAUUAAACAGUGUCAAGAUAUCUUUGACAGCAUUCAACUGCCUCUUCAUUCUUGAAUUCUGGAUCGCAGACAUGAAGAGACCGUCGGUUUCAGAAACCGAAAUGAAAUCUCUAAAACUCCAAAUGUGA